AUGACAAAUGGAGAGAAAUCCGUUUUUUGUGGAGUUUUAAAGACAGCCAAGCUACCUGAUGGCAGUGCCUCUAAUAUAUCUAGGUGUGUGCAACUAGCUGAAAGGAAAUUGUCUGGUUAUAAGACCCAUGAUGCUCAUUUCAUGUUAGAUUACUUGCUUCCAAUACCCAUUAAAAGCAUCCUUCCAGAUCAUGUGGCUAUUGCUUUGAUUCAUUUAUGCUCCUUCUUCCAACGUUUGUAUCAAAAAGUUAUCACAUUGGAGGAAUUAGAUUGCUUAGAAGUAGAGAUAACGGAAACAAUAAAUCAGUUGGAACAAAUUUUUCCUCCGUCAUUUUUUGAUAUAAUGAUUCAUCUGCCUAUAUAUUUGGCGAAUGAGGUGAGAUUAGGUGGUCUAGUUCAGAACCGGUGGAUGUAUUCCACUGAAAGAGAAAUGGGUACAUUUAAAUCAUAUAUCCUCAAAAGACGUUAUCCAGAAGGUUGCAUAGCAGAGGCACGUGUGGAAAUAGACUUAAGUUUGUUUCCUAUUAAGGGAUGUCCUAUAGAAGCAAAGAAAACUGAUCCAUUUGUUUUCGACAACAAAUCACUAAGUCAGGCACAUGCAUUCUUAUUGGGAAAUUUUGAUGAGAUUCAAGAAUAUAUUAGAGAGCAUAUGCAAGAGGUUAAUAAUCAUCCGCGAAGAUCUAAAUGGAGCAAGGCCAAGGAUCAUUGUCAAAACUUCUCUCAAUGGUUUGAAACUCGUGCUUUGCAAGAGGAUGUGCCUGAUUUGAUAAAACAAUUGUCUAGAGGACCAAAUGUUGUUGCUAAAAGAUACUCUGGGUAUCUCAUCAUUGGAUAUAGAUUCCAUAUUAGGCAGCGUGAUGCAAGACGCAAAACACAAAAUAGUGGUGUUACACUUGUUGCCUCAACUACGAGCUUUGCAAGCUCAAAGAAUAAGAACCUGAUUGCUGCAGAUUUGACUUAUUAUGGUAGAAUAGUUGAUAUAGUUGAGUUAGACUAUUAUAGUCAUUUUAAGGUUGUUCUCUUUAAGUGUGAUUGGUAUGAGGUUGAGAAAGAUAUGUAUGGCUUAACUUAUGUCUAUUUUAACAAGAGAUGCUCUCUGGAAGAGCCUUUUGUGCUUGCAUCUCAAGAAUUUGAUACUCAACAACUUGAGGUCGAGUAUGAAAAGGAGUUUGAAGAUGAGUUUGAAGAAGAGUUUGAAGAUGAAUCUGAAGAAGAGUGUGAAGAGGAGUCUGAAAAUGAGUAUGAAGAUGAUUCUAAAGAUGAGUCUGAUGAAUCUGAAGACGAGUUUGAAGAUGACAGUAUUGGACAUUACAGGCAGAACAGUCAAGGCAGUGAAGGCAACACAGUGAAAUCAGUCCUCCUUAUGUACUACUCCCUUAAUUUUCUUGAAGCUAAAGAUUGGUUAACUACUCGUUCUAAUUAG